GACUUCCUUUCUGGAAAUAAUUUUGGUCUUUGACCAGGUUGGACCUCGGUCACACUCCACAGUACUGCUGUUUUCUCUUUUUAUUGAUAGUGCCUGCCAUAAAUAACAGAACUGUUACUCUCUUCAGCAUCUGACUACCGGCAAGCUAGCCGGUGUGGGUGGAUGGAGCUCCAGAGGUAUGCAGAUCAACAGAACUGUAAUGGGGGGUCAGCUACAGACUGACGUGGCAUGACAAACCUCUCCAGUUCUUGCAGUUUGUGUGUGUGCUGUGACUGCAUGGAGUUCAUGCAGGUUUGGGCUACAGCUUGCAGAGCUGUAAGAUGACUGCAGACAUACUGAAAGCAGAAAGUUUUUUCAAGUUUUGGUCGCUGCUGGUUCUGACUGCUACGUAACAUUUAGAUGCUGCGUUUAUACUAGACAUGAAGAAAAGAAGCUAAGUUUACACUGUGGAAAUUCUUAUUACAGAAAUCCAAGUGACAACUCAUUCCCUGCUGGAGUUUUCUAGUCUUGAAAAGUUUUCUCUCUUUAUAGAACUACAAUGGGAUGUGGAUUGAGAAAGCUGGAAGACCCUGAUGACAGUAGUCCAGGAAAAAUAUUCUCUACUUUAAAGAGACCACAAGUAGAAACAAAAACAGAUACUGCUUAUGAAUACAUGCUCUUGGACUUUUCUCUAGAAGAUUCAUCUAACCCAGAAGUUAUUCACAUCAACGCACUUCAGGAUAUAACCUCUAAAGUGGAAGAGUAUUACAAGAAAGGAUAUGUUGUUGGAGCAAUUCACCCUGUUAUGCUAUCUGUUGGAAGGAGACGGCACUUACCAUUUUCUUGCUGGUACAGAACUGUUUUGUUCCGACCAAAACCACGGCACAAAUACACUUUAUCCAGGGGUCAAAUACCUCCUAGGCUUGUGAUUGAGGAAUGGUCUUCGAAGUAUGAAAAAUUGACAAGUGAGACUGUGAAGGAAGUAUUGAUAAAGGUCAAUGAAGCAGCUAAGAAAGGCAUGAGAUGUGUUGGGUUUGUAACUCAACACUGCCAUCGGCUCAAGCCCUGCAAUGGCAUGAACAUAUGUGCAGAAACAAAUGGAGAGCACGAGCCAAUGGAGAAACCACAGGAAUGCAGGAAAUUUAAUCCAGAUGAACACUACAGAAACUGUCACCAGAAAAGUUUUAGAAGACAUUCUUCUGAGGAUGGAGAGGAAGAAAUGCAGUCAGGACUGCUGCAGGAGGCAGAUUUCAGACCUGGUGAAGUCAGCCCCAUUCAGUCACAGAAGAAAGAAGAUACUAAAUUGUUUGCUGUGUUUAACGUUUUUGAAAAUGACUUGGCAAAGUGGAACUACCAAGAAGGAAACAUGUCAAUGAAAAUCACAAGGAAAGGUCAAAUAAUCAGUACACUGGAAGCUGAUUGGUUAGAACUAACAACACAUUAUUACAAACAAGGAUUACUACUCGUUGAUUCAUUUGUAUACUGGGAUUCAGUAAAAGAUCACGUGUCAAAGUCUUUGGAAGGUUUAUUUAUAUACGAGGAAGAAAGUUUCGGAGCUACACAUUCAGACAGGAAGGGAAAUGAUGCAAUAGUUGUGGAACAAUGGACUGUCAUUGAGGGUGCAGCUCUCAAAACUGAUUAUGGCCCUUUACUUCACACUUUAGCAGAGUUUGGAUGGCUGCUUACAUGUGUGUUACCAACACCUAUCCUGCGACAUGACAGUGAAGGAAAUCUGGCCACAAAGCAGAUCGUCUUCUUACAAAGACCUGUUAUUCAACAGCCUGAAUUAAAGCCAGAGAAAACAGAGAAAAAAUCCCCAAGGCACAUAAGACGAGAAGACAGAGGCAAACAUUCAAGCAGAAGUACUGGAACAGACUCUAAUACCAAUAAAUGUGUCGAGAAAGGAGUUUCUUGUGAUGAAUUUCAUCUGGCUGGCACCAGAAACUGCUGGGCCAGAGAAGACUCUACCCUGCCUGAAAACAUUUCCUCAUUCACUGGUGGCUCCACUUUGCGAGACAUGGAUGAUUUUCAGCUUGAUCAAGAAGAUGGAUUAUCUCAAGUUACCUGCAUGUGAGGAGCACAGGACUUGUGCUGUUUACCUGUUACACAAAGAACUAGACAACCAACUGUCCACUGACCUGCCAUUCUAAUUACUUUUCAUCAAUAACCACAGUGUUUAAUAUGGAAUAUAUAUUCUUCAAGUUAUGAGGCAAACUCAAACAAAACCAUUAAUCUUCUGUACUAUGCUGCUCAUUUUAAAGGACCAGUAAAACACAAUGGAGCAGAAGUUUCUCGUUUUUUUUUUCACUAUUAAUUGCAGAGCAACUUCAACUUCUCUUUGGCACCAGGAGUUUGUAGGUCUGCCAGAAUUGGUUGCGUAUUUUGUAAAUGUUUUCACUAUUUUAUAAAAUGAAAAUGGCACUGUAUUUACCUUAAUAUGAAUGAAGGAUAAUGCUAUAAAGGGAGUUUAGUUGCAAAAAGUAACACCUAUGUUGCUUUUGAUGAGUUUCUGUGUGCAUGUAUGUUUGUGUGACAGGUGGUAUGUUUGAUGUGUACAACUGUUACUGUGGCCACAUACCACAAGGAUCACCACAUGGCCUCUAAUGUCAUUUUUUGAAGUUUUUGUUUUGACCUUUUGCACCUCCCCACCCACCAACCACCAAAGCUUCUCUCUGUCAAUCAUCCCAGUUAUGCUCGACAGGCUGAGAACUGACAGCCAGUUAUCAGGGGUGGUUCAAGCAACUUUACUGUUUACUUUCCAUCCUUAUCACAUUAUCACACUCAUGCACCCAACAUCAAGGAGGGACAUGCAGUGGGCUGUCCCCUUCACUUCCACAAGAGGCUCUCUGGUCUCUUUCAGGAGGAUCACAAUGCCCUGUGUGCUCCUAUGUAGUUGUAAAUCCCCUUCUCCUGGAGAAACAAGUGAGCUACUCGCCUUCAUUCCUCCCCCACCUUGCAAGCCAGAGCUGCUAAUCUGAACCCCUGCUCACCUAGGUUGCAGUCGUCCCUUUGCAUCACAGACCCAGGCCACGUUCUGAUGUUUUGACACGAGGGCUAAAUGAAACACAGAUUAUACUUGAGAAAUAAGUUUGGGUGCAAAAGAAUGUUAGGGUCAAAGAAUCAUAGCGUUAGAAGUAGAUUAUAGUAUGGGGCAUAAAACAUAUAUUUGUAUGGGUAUAAGUAAAUGUUGUGCGACAGAAUCGUAGCAGAGGAACAUGGCAGGACAUAAGCAGUACAGCACAGAAUGCAUGAUGUUAAGUUGUCUAUCUCGCCUUCGUUCUUGCUGUUUGGGAUUGGAGCCGAUCCUCGGCUCCGACUCAGCC